GACUAGCGCGUGAGGCUCACGCGCCGAUCGUUCCUCUAUGCCGUCCGUCCACGCGCCGACGCAUGUAGGCGCGUGUGCCAUUGUUUUGGUUCGUCUUCUGUGGGUUUCCUCAGUUUUGUUGACUCUUCUUGGUGGUGUGUUUGUUUGGGAUAUAUAGAUAUACUCACUGCUUGUAAAGAUUUCUCUUCGGUAAAUUAGGGUUUGAUUCUUUGCUGUCCGAUGUCUAUUUUUUGAGGUAAUGGCUGAUAAGAAACCAACAGUCAUGUCUGAGAUUGUUCCUAUGGUGUCAAAAGUAAUUGAACACAAGUUGAAUGGAUCCAACUACUCUUCAUGGAGAUCAAAUGUUCGCCACUUUAUUAGGAGCAUGGAGAUGGAUGAUCACAUCACAGAAGAGUCACCGAUUGAUGCUAAUAAGAAGAUUUGGUGGCGGGACGAUUCAAGAAUGCUUCUACAAAUCAAGAAUUCUAUUGACCGUGAAAUUGUUGAACUAGUAAAUCACUGCGAAUCAGUCAAGAAACUAUUGGAAUAUUUGGAUUUCCUUUAUUCAGGGAAAGAGAAUAUUAAUAGAGUGUUUGAUGUUUGUAAGACUCUAUAUCAACCCGAUCAAGGAGAAAAAUCUCUUACAAGCUACUUUAUGGAGGUUAAAAAUACAUGCGCGGAAUUCAAUGCCUUGAUGCCAAUCAGCACAGAUCCAAAAGUUCUAAUGGCUCGAUGUGAAAAGUUGUUUAUCAUGAGCUUUUUAGUAGGUCUUGCACCUAAAUAUGAAAUGGCCAAAGAUCAAAUGUUGUCAAGCUUAAAUAUCUUAUCGUUGGAAGAAGCUUACACUCGAAUACUUCGUACUGAAAAGACACAAGCAGUUACGUCAUUUGAUUCUAGUAGUACUUUGAUUGGGCGCACAAAUGAUUAUAGAGGUAAUAAGGGGGUUGAAUUAAAUAGCUCUAAAGGUCAUCCCAAUAACCAAAGAUCAAAUCCAGGAAGUUUUGUUUGCUAUUAUCGUCAUACGAAGCGUGAAUGUAGAAGAUUGCUGAAUAAGGGUCAGAGGAUGCCAUCACCCUUUGCACAUGUCGCCUCGACUCCUGAUAAUCUUGACAAGUCAAUUACGAUUUCCGCAGAGGAGUUUGCUAAAUUUUAGCAGUAUCAAGAGUUAUUGAGGGCAUCAUCUUUUACUCCCAUUACGGCCAUCGCAGAGACAGGUAAUAUUUCUAAAUGCCUUCUUUCCUCCACGUCAAAAUGGGUCAUUAACUCUGGUGCUACAGACCAUAUGACAGGUAACCCUAGUUUAUUCUCUAACCUUUGUACAUCUACCUCUUCACCUAAUGUCACUAUAACUGAUGGAACCUCCACUCCUGUUUUAGGAUCAGGAACCGUCCAUCUUACUGAAUCAAUUUCUUUGUCAUCAGUUUUAAAUUUACCACAUUUCUCGUUUAAUUUGAUUUCGGUCAGUAAACUUACUCAUGAUCUUCAUUGUUGUGUCUCCUUUUUUCCUUGUUAUUGCU